CUCUCACUCUCUCCGGCCGCAAGCCCGCCCACGACACUCAACGGCCGCCAUCGCCUCUUGUUACCGGCCAGUAUGGACCCUCUGCAGCUCGCGAAGACCUUCGUGAAGACGGUGGUGCGCAUGUUCUAUACGACCGAGCACAUCGUCGUGAUUGAUGCUCUACUCUACCAUGGAGCGCUUUCGCUUCCCGACCUUGUCUUGGUCCUUGAUGCUGGCAAGAAUACCAAAGGCGUGGGCAAGUUCUGUGGCAAGCUGAGGGAAGGCGGCCUUGUCUCUGUCUACUCCCGACAGGAAACUCGAGAAGGCGCCAUGAAGUCUAUCAACCGCGAGUAUUACUACAUCGAUUACCGCCAUGCCAUCGACGCCGUCAAGUACAAAAUCCAUAAGAUUGAUGAACGCAUAAAGAAGGACGCAAAACCCACUACGGAGAAGAUGGAAUACGCCUGUAGACGUUGCAAAGCCCAGUGGACAACCAUGGACGUUGUGGAUUUGGUCGACGAUCUUGGUCGCGACAGCGGGUUCUUGUGUAAGAAAUGCGAAUAUCCUCUCACCGAGAUCACAAACGAAGAAGAGGAAGCGGUCGACAACGAUGACACGCCCGCCAAAUUCAACAGACUGUUUGGUCCUUUGCUCACUCUCAUGCAGCAAAUUGAUCACGUCACUAUUCCCGCUGUAGAAGGAAAGGAUGCCCUCGACGCCGCUAUCGAAUUGCCCCGAGAUAAAUUCCUCAAUCCUGGUGCGAGACACGAGGUUGUCGUCGUUCCAGCAUCUAAGCCUACUGCAGUCAAAGGAACCAAUAACACGGUCGAGAAAAUCGAGAUCCAGAUCGCUAGUACCUCUGAGUACAACGAAGCAGCUCGGGCUCAGGAGAAAGCUCGCCAAGAGAAGCUUGCAGCCCAGAAUGCACUGCCCGAGUGGCACACCAAGUCUACGGUUGGAGGCAAGACGAAUAGUACCAAUCCAUCUGCCGCAGCGACGAGCACCAACGGCACGCAGACACCUACCAUUAAAACGGAGACUCCCGAUGCCAAGGCUGGCAACCAACAAAAUCUGGAUGAUGUCUUUGCUGCCCUGGAAGCUGAGCGAAGAAAGAAGGAUGAGGAGGAUGACGACGAGGACGAGGAGGACGAUGAUGAAGAAGAAGAUGAAUUCGAAGACGUCGAUGUCGGCACCUCUAACCCUGAUGCAAAGCGCAUAAAACUGGAAUCUUCGGUAGCGCCAACGCCUUCGAAUGCGGCGACGCCCGCACAAUCUACCGGUGACGGAGGUGACGAGAGCGAUGAGGACGAAUUUGUCGAUGUUUAAUUUUGCAUAGCGAUGGCG